AGGGUGGGGGAGGUAAGGAGGAAGUGGUGAGGGUGGUUUAGAUGCUACGAAGUGCAGAGUUUUGUAGUCCUGAAAAGCUGAGGGGAUGGGGUAAGGCUGAUACACUUUCACUUCUAAUUAUAGCACCUUGUUUUGUAUCAAAAUUGGAAUAGUGGAAACAAAUAGAUUUUUACCAAGUAGGGAAUGCUUUCCUUUGACAAAAUAAAAUUACCCCUUUCUAAAUUUAAAAGAUAUUUAUUCAGAAUAUCUGAUAAGUAACACUGCAAGCUUGUGGCUGGAGUAUCAACAUAUGGUUUAUAAUAUUUGAAGGAGCCAUGAAAUAGAAAAUGGUAAAGAUUACAGCUGAGGGAUGAAUCCAUGAUCACUGUACCACUUACUAUGAUCCAAUGCAGUAUUUAUUGAUACCCUACGAUAAACUUGGGAUGAAAGUCUACAACUUCUAGUUUUACAAGGAACAGAAACAGACUAUAUCAUUUGAAAAGGGGUUUCAACUGUUGAUAGUUGAAGUUUUGUUAAGGUAGAUGUUUAAAAAGCUUUAUACCUGUUUACAGUUUUGGAAAAAAAAAAAAAGCAGGCUUCAUUUUUCUUACAUGCAUUGAAAACUGGCCUACAAUGUUUGUAAAUACGACCAACAAAGAUUGCAUAAACUCGCACGUUGAAAAUGCAGCAGGUAACGUAACUGCAGUCAGAACAUAUUUACUUACUGUGUUAAAAAGUGAAAGCUGAAGAUCAUAAACUCAAAAAAUUUUUAAUUGACGUGUAUUGAAAUAUUGGAGUGAACUGAGCCAAAGUGAUUAUGCAUUCUUCAUAAAUUAGUUAGCACUUUGUAACAUUCUAUACAGUUUACAGUACAUGUAUAAGUUGUAGCUUAUAAACAUUUUGUGCCAUUAAAGCUCUCACAAAACUGCUUGUCUGACAUUACUUCAUGCUGCGCCUUUUUCUUUGGUUUCUCUCUUUUUAAAAGCAGGACUGCUUUGUAUCAUGUUGUACGGAACUUGUAGUCCAUAUUCCUUGUGUAACACAUGGGUUAUGUCAAUGUGGAAGCUGCUAUUUAUCGACUGGAAUGAUUUCUUUUUAAAGAUGGCUUGGGUUGCUUUGUUUGAGUGUCUCGAUCCCAUCAGCUUCUUUUUCUGAAGCACUUAAUAAAAAUACUUCUGUUGGCAGUGUAUACCUGUGCACUCCCUCCAGCACUGUGUCAAAGAGAGGAUCUAAAGCAAAAUAACAUAGCUGCGUAUGAGAUGUAAAGUAGAAUUGAUAAGGUUUUGUAUUGUUAGUCAACUCUACUCCGUCUGUUUCCUUUUCUGUUUUCUAAGUCUGUUAAAUUUGUGGAUUAAAGAAUAAGGGAUGUAAUCCCUCGUUGUUAAUCUGCCUCCAUAUUCUUGGUUCAAGCACUGUUUACUUCUGGGAGCAUCACGUUGGAGGAAUUCAGCUGGUAGUUAGAAAUGUGAUGUGAUUCUGACACUCCUGCUGCCUGUUGUACUUACCUAGUGGUUUCUUCCAUGGUUUUAAUGUAAAAAAAUCCAGAAUUCUUGGAAAAUGACUUUUUUUUUCCCCAGGGGAACUAUAUGUGUAACAUUAUAAAUUCCACUAGAUUUCAUGAGCUCCUGGUGCAAUUUGUGCUGGAGGUUUUGAAUGACCAAUUCUUUGAAGCAAUUCUGCAGAGCUGCUUUGUGGUGUUGACGUUUAUGUAGCAGGUACUGGAGGACAAACAUUUGUCACACACUUCCAAACUUGAUUGAUUCUAAUGUGGUGUUUUGCAGAAGAAUGAAUACAGGAUGGGACUGUAUAAAGCAGCAGUGCUUCUGCACAAAGAUUUGUUUUUCUGUUAUGAAUCCCAUGAUGAUGGGACAUUGCUGGACUUAACUUUACUAUUUCAUUCAAGCUUCUUUCCAAUCUGGUGCAAGAAUACUCAAGUAAGAACUAAAGAGAAGGGACUUGCAUAUUUAAUUUAGAGCAACAUAUCGAUAUUACUUAUCUGUGCAGCUGAUAAGCUGGGCAAGUUAGCAGUGUAGUGUCUUUGUUCUCCCUGUUAUCAGUACCAAGUGUUUUAUGUUGCAUUCAGGAGGAGUUACUUUCUGUCCUGACUUACUAUGAUGCACCUGGAGGCUUUUCCAAGUUAGCUGUUUGCACAACACCAACAUGGGAUAUCAACUCCUACUUGCCCUGUUUUCAUUAUGAGCUGUACGCAGAUGAAAAUAAUAGAAUUAACUUUGAAUUCUGUGCUUUAUGAAACGGUUCCUCUAUAUUAAAAGGUUCUUUAUAUACUGAUGUGUGUGUGAGUGUAUGUGUGAAAAUUGUUUAAAAGUGAAGUCCUGGCUCUGUGCAAGUGUUUGUAUCCGAGGGCUCCUCUGUGUUUUGGGCUUUUGGACUAUGAUGUAUAGCUCUGUCAUCACUUCAAAAACAGUCUAUAAUACCUUAAAUACUUCUGGAAAAAUCUAAUGCUCCAUCCACCAAAUGUCCAUGUGAAAAAGGAAAAGCUGUGUUACUUUCUGUCUCCUUUAAUCACUGUGUGUGUGCCCUGCACUGGAUGUCAGUUUGGCCAGACACAGCUGGCUCAGCCCAACUGCUUGCAGGGUGUGAUCAGUCCUGGCAUUAACGGAGAGCAAGGGGUGGGUUUCCAUUAAGGAAAGUAAACAUGACUUAACUUCUUGAGCUGCUGCCAGAAGAUUGAGCAUGGAAAGUAGCAUUUUCUAUUUCAGAUCAUUCCCUAACACCUUUAUGGUAAGAUUGUAGAGUUAGAGAGAGACUUUUUUUUGCAUUAGUACCAUUUGUUUAACUUGCAGUUUGGUGUCCAGGGAGAAAUUAAUGAGCCUUAAGGGCAGAAAAUUCCAUGAGUUCUUAUUCUUUUGUAUAUAAUGAAGGGCAAGGAUAGUGUGAGUCCUACAACAGUUUAAGUUCUCUUAAAGCUGGGGUGAAUAAGAAGGGCACGUAUCCUUGCAAAGAUGACAGCCUUCUGUUCUCAUCUUCCUCUUUCUUAUGGUCUGCCCAGUCUUGUUUGUUCGUUGCUCCUCUUUCCUUUACUUGCUUGUGUUCUCAUGCUGCUGCUCAUCGCUCCUCAAGUAACAUGAGCACACACUCUGAGUUCCCACCUAUUUCAUGAAGCAUUUGAAUUACUGAGACAAAACACUGCCUUGUUUUGCACGCUUUCUUGUCCCUUGAGACCCACAGUUUGUUCAGGUGGGUAUCUGUAGAUAUUCCCUGGUUUUACAUUUGGUCUCUAAUACAUUUUUGCUUUCUCUGUUCUCUAGUGAUAUCCAGAAGGGUUUGUUCAGGAAUCGCUUGUUUUGCUGUCACCUCAAAGGGAGUAGGCUAUAAAGAAUGUAGUCUGUUAUGGUCGGAGGUAAGAGGGCUUAAUAAGUAAUCUAAAUUGGUUUCAUCUCAGAACUUAAAAUGAUCUUCUGGACUUUUCUACCAGAGGAGUCCUCCCAAAGGCCUGGAAAAUGCUACAUGACCUCUGUUGGCUUUGAGUGAAAACAUUUAGUGCUGCUGAGUGUAGCUGGGUCACGGACUGUGAGUACAACCUGCAGCCUCCCUUUGAAUUUCACAGCACACCUGUGGUUAUUCCCCUCUCACAUGAGUAGGCUGUGCUGGUUCCAGCGGACUACACGGGUUGUACUUGGAUGUACUGUUUGUGAAUGAGAAUUAAUAGACAAUUACAGCUUCUUCCUAAGCACUGUUUGAAGAGCAGACGAGAUCCCUGGGAUUCUGAUUCCUACUGAUAUUUUAAUGGCUUGCUUCAUCCCACGACUUUGUGUGCCCAUUUCCUAUUUCUCCUUCCAGUUCACAGCUACAAUGAAGCAUCUCUGUGCUGGAAACACUGCAUGCACUUACAAGCCUUGGUUUGCAGCACUGCAGCUUUGCCUCUUCCAAUGUUGGGCUUUGCUUCUGUGUGCUGAGUGUGAUCAGCUCUUGAGUGGCCAAAGGAACUGAUUACAGCCUGGGGAUGUCAGAAUAUAAUUUUCCACCGUCUGUUCAUGGGGUUAUAGCCACAAUUGGGCUGGCUCCGGCUGCAAAUGAGUUGGACAGAAGUACAAAGGCAGUGCAGUGUGAUAACAAUGAGUUAAAAUAAUCAGUGACUUGGAAGAGGAAGCAUCCUUCGCUGACAUUGCUGCUCAAAACCAUACAUCUCCAGAACAAGAAGUAAGUUCAUAUCUGAACCACUGCCAAAAGCCUAAUGCUCGGAAAUGGAUUUUUGCAGUGCGUGGCUGUUCUGCCUCUGCUGCGUUCUAUGUGUGUGUGUGAUGUGUGUGCACACUGGAGUGGGAAAUGGGAAGGAGGAGGUGUGGCCAGAUAAGCAUCGGCAGCAAGAGUGGGUCCAUUGCCAGCGCUGCAGCUUUUUCCUAUAGGCUUCCCGGCUAGGUGAGAGCUAAGGGCUGUGUGAGAAGCCUCCCCAAUUGGCUGGCAGCACGGUGGCAUGAUAAGUGAUGUCACCCAGCAGGACUAUUCACGAGACAGCAUUCUGGCACUUCUCAGCUUGGGCUGGGGCAGAAAUGUGCGUGAGGCAGAGCGCAUUGUGCCGAAAGGUGCUAAGUCCCAUUUCCUUCUGCAAAAGCAAGAGCCAUUUAUAAAUCAUUUCCGUUUCACUUAGGAGCAAAGCUAAUGUAAAUUAGGAGAGGGGAGAAUUAGAUUUUCAUAUUGCUGCACAAGAAUUAUGGAGUAAGCAGAGCUGCCAGAAGUGCUUACGCUGAUGGAUGCGUGAGGAGGGCUCAGGCUCAGACAAACACAGCACUGCUGGAAGCAUUGUGUUCGUUGUGAGCCUUUACACAUGUAUGAUUGACACCAAAAAAAGAAAGGGAAAAAGCUCAAUGGAAGAAAUUGUCCUCCCGGUCCAUGGCUUCACCCUCUUAUUCAGGCUUUAUGACUCUGAAACAAACCCAGGAAGGGCUCUUUUUUGCCCCAAAAAAGUGUGUUGUUCUCAUGUGUUGUUCCUGUUGGAUACACCUGGUUGAGCGUGCAGAUGUGUGUGUAAUUGGCACACCCACAGAAGGCCAAAACAGCACGAGUUGCACAACGUCAGUAUUCACAGCUCUUUCUUACCAGUUGGCUAAUUCACCCUUUUUGGUGAUUUUGACCAGAUUUUAUGUGGUUUGCUUGGAAUUUGUGCUCCAAGUGCUAAGAAUUGCUGCUAUUUUGUGAUUGGGCUUAGAAAUGUGACUUGUUUCUUUGAUUUUCCAGGAUGAGAACUUAAAGGGACAGCUGCCUUUAUGCCACUGACUUCAUAAUGACUGUAGGAAAGUCUUUGUGACUUGAUCCUCAUCUGUGAAAUGGAAAUGUUAAUCUGCUGCAGGAAAGUGUUAAUGACUUCAUUUAAAAGCGAAAGAUUUCUAUAAUCCUUCUGUGUAAGGAUCUCAACCACCAAUGAUAUUCUUUCCAGGUUCUUAACCAGGGUAAAUGAGUGCAGUGUCAGUAAAUGAUAUGCUGAUCUGCACUCUCUAACCUCUUCUCGUUUGAUUAGUUUUGGAAAUAGAUGACAUGGUGUCUGUGUCUUUGCUUAUAAGGACAGAUUUGACGACACAUUGAUUCCUAAAUUUAUAUCCCUAUAGGAGAAUAUUCCAUUGAGACUCAAAUCUGUGUGGAACUCAAGUGAUUUUUUGGUGAGUUGUUCUUGCUGUCCAUAUGGAGCAGUGCUGUUUAAUCUUAAGCUGGGCUCACUUGUUAGCAUGCACAGUAAAUAAGGGCACUUCUGGUCUCUUUUCGAUAGCAUAGUAUGUGUUAGCAUUUCACAUACACAUACAGUACAUACUGUGGCGUUCAUUUUGAUCAGACUGUGUGGUUGGUGUCAUAUGCACUCUACCAUAAGGUUCAGGAUCUCUGAAACUGAGAAUCUGUUUCCUUGUUUCUGUGAUGGCUAAAUAAACGUGAACCCCUACUGAAGAGAAGCGGGGCUCUGUUCAACGUCUGUGGAUAUCAAAGAAUUCAGGUGAGCCACGUUGGGGAAUUGAGGCAAACUCCUGCGGUACAACUCAAGCCGAGUCACAUUUGUGCAUUAGAAGACUGGAGAUGUGAGAUGGGGUGACUAAUGCUGUCAAGCUAAGAUCCUUUCUCUUUCAGUGCAUGCACAGAGCCUGUUGUACGCUUUUUUUCCCUGCCAUUCUUAUCAGCAAAGAAAUCUGCAUUGUUCUUGCUGCAGAAUCCAGUGGUCCUCUCAGACCUCCCAUGGAGAGUGUUGAAAACCUCAUUGGUAAGCCUGAAAUGCUUUUGUCACACGCAGUGGGGCAGCGAGCCAGAAACUUAAUGAUAAUCUCCAGAGGUUAGGCAGAGCAAUUAGAAUCUUGGUUGGACAGAAUAGUUAAAACCACGUAAAGGCUCCUCUCCAAUGCACCACUGAAUAUCUUCUGACUUUGAGACACCAGGCUUGAUUAAGGUUCAGAUGUGCUAUGCUGGCAUCAGUGGUUUCUUCUGUAGAAAUGUGAUUAAUUUUGAGCGUCAGCUGCUUUUUCCUUCUGCUAAAGUAAAGUUUUAUGUCGUAAGGUUAAAGACUGGCUGAAUAUAUUCUGUUUUAUCACCUCUGCCUGUGAAACAGCAGCUUGGAUGGACUGUGCCAUGCAGGACUGUGCUCGCUGCUCUCCAGGGUUGGUGAUGCUGUACUGAGUCACACACCUGAGCUUCUGGGGAAGGCUAUGGUAGAGAAAGAUGGGGAAAGUUCCUACAGGGAUUCUGGAGAAGCAGUGGAGGUUGUCUGGUGUUCUUGGAGCUGUCAGAAGAACGGUUUCUCUUCCUCUGGUUUCAGGAAUCAGAAACCAAAAGACCCAUAGGCAGGCUGGGCACUGGGUUAGCAUUACAGUAACUCAAGUUUUGCUAUGCCUGAUCUUUAGUGAGAGUUGCAGAUUACAACAAGGUCAAGCAAAGGCUUAUUUACUGAAGAAUGUAUGAAACACAAGCAGGUUUAAUUCAUCUGCAGUACUGAUAAGAGAUGUGAGUCAAGUUCCCUGCGUACAGACCUCCUUUUGUGGGACAUAGGUGCUGCCCAGGCCUCGUGCCAGGUCUCUGUUCAGAACUGAACCUCACUCAGUGCUCUUAGGAAGCAAAUGCAAUGGUCUUCUCUAGCUCUGUGACCUCUCAAGCAAUUCUGACUUGCCAUGGCCACGCAGGAUGGUAGUGGUGGAGAAAAGCUGGGGUGAGUUUUCCCACUGGCCUCAGCAGACUUCAGGGUGAGGAAUGGAGCACCGGGGUCACAACAGACAUCUAUUCCUUCUGUCUUCUUGUUAAAGCAGUCUGCAUUCCUCGCCCCAGAGCAGGGGUUUAGUAGUGGUCAGGCACUCGGGAGCCAGCACACGAGCACAUUUCUUCCUGUGAGCUCUUAAAACGCCGCACUGAGCUCAGUGCUGUCUCCAGAUGCUCUCCACGCAGCACUCAGACAUACUGUGCUGCAAUUAGUCUAGCAGGUGCCGAGCACUGCAGUUUAUUAUUAACCAGCUCUAAUACCGUGCUGCAGAUGCUCACGAUGCUUUGCAAAGAGAGGGAUGGCGAUUCCUUGCCCCGAGCACCCCUUUGCCUUUUGUUCCUAAAACCUCCACUCCCUAGCAACCCAGCGCCUCAUAAUCAUUUCUUCCCCAUCCCAUGUGUAUUCUGAGAGAUAAUUAACCAUUCAGCAGCUUGAUUAACCAAGAACUCCUGCAUCCUUCCUGAUAAAGCAAUAACUUCCUUAGAAAACCAUACUUGCUUCUCAUUCUGACUUGAUUUUUUACCCCCCCCUCCCCCAAAACUGAAUCAUUGAAGACUGAUGUUUCAUGUGAACUGUGGGUGUGCGUUGGUCCUUUGUGGCACGUGAAGGAAACCCAACAUUUUUGUGUUUUAAAUUAUGUGUAAUGUAGGUAAAUCUGGUGCCACGUUUUUUUUCCCCACUGUAGAGGUGUUUCACUGUUAUUUUGAAGGCCUAAAAGGAGGUGUGCAGUCUUCUUGCACUGCAGCAUGGGGGAUGCUUCUCUGAGACAAGAAGUUUUGCUCGGUGCACUAUUAGAUGGUGUUUCACUUUGAGGAUAAGUACAAGGAGAUUUGGCCCAAGGUGAAGGGGACUGAAAAGAGUAAAAGCUGUAACCGUUCCAAUGGCUCUGGUCAUACAAAUGAGGAAGAAGGUGUGAUGUGUGUUCUUGGCAUUAGGACCAGUGAGGAAAGUUAGGAGUAGGCUUUAGCCCAAAGAUGCUUCUGUGAAGCAUUACAGCUCAGCAGACUGGGCUUUAAUGUUCUGUUUUACUUGCUAGGCUGUAUUUUUUUGCUAUCUGCAUAUCUAACUGUAUCAGGGGUAUGGAGUGGGAUGCCACAAGGUUUCCCAAGGCAUUGUUCUCCCUCUUUAAGAGGGACACAGAGUUCCCUAGAUGCAGGCAAUAAGCGUUUUGUGCUUCCACAGACACUUGCAGCUGAGCAGCAUCAUGUAACUAUUCUUUGUCAAUUAAUGUCCUGAUCUUGCUGUAGGCUGUUCUUUUGCUGUCUGGUUGACUAAUAAAACAUCUCCCUUCCAGGAAAUGUAAUUUUCCAAGACCUUUACAGGAAGAUGGAGAGAGAUUCCUAUGGAUUGGAGCCUCUUACACCAUAGGUAGUGAUUCUGGGGUACCAUGGGUUUACUUACAGAAGCUAAACUCCUCUUCAAAGGGUUGUUGCAGAACUUCUCUACGUGCAUUCUAUGUGUGCACAUUCUAUAUGUGCACUCUAUUCUUUUGGUGUUAGCAAAGCAAUACAGACUCUUGCCACCAUUUAAGAGCAUCUCCUGGGCUUUAAAUCUCCUUGCAGCUGAGGCCAGUGCUUAGUGGCAUCCUUCUGCCUCUUUCAGACUCUGACAGAUGAAGGGGAGGGAAUAAUAAAAUCUUCCUUCCCUGAUGCUCCUCUUUCUGUUUCCUUGUCUGCAUGCCAGGGAGGUUGAUGCACAGUUUGCUGGAGGCAGGCACACUAAUAGUCUGGGCCUCUGUGAGACGUCUCAAGUUGAGAAUCUUAAUUGCUGAGCGCUUCUGAAAUCCUUGCUGUAAACACUUGAGGGUUUUUCCAGUUAGGAUGGGCGUCUGGCCAGCGGGUUUCUGUUCUGCACCCUCCCUUUAACAUCAAGAUCUUCAGAAGAGACGUUCAUGACAAUGGUGUUGAGUGCUGGGCUGCUCCCAGCUGUUGUUUCUAGGAUCAGCUGUCUGACUUCCCUGAUUGAGGAAUCACAAGGAAAACAAACUCGGUGGCAGGAAGUUGCUGCCCUCCAGCGCUGCAGCCUGGCUGUCAGACCCGAUAUUUUCUGAGUUGUCACAGUAGAUCCACCCAUGCUGGUAUGUGGGUCUGUUUGCUCUAGCCUGUUCUUUCUGCUAUGUGCUCCUUGAUCAGACUUGUGUCUGCUGCUGUUGAAUUUAGGUUUGCUUAUGCGUUUAUUCAGGAGCGAAGAAUCCCACAGAAUUACUGAGAACUGCAAAUAUCAGUGCCUCACGACAGGGAUGAGCUGAAAGAAGGACUUCUCUGGCUGAGAGCCCCUCCUCUGCCUGUGUCUGAGCACAGGGAAGGAGGGCUACAGAGUCACCGAGUGGAUGAAUUGUUCUGGCAGCCUGACCCGGGUGUAUUCAGAUGUAUCCAGGCAGAACUGAAUGAAAGGUAAUGGUCUGAAGUUCUCUGAUGAUCUUUGCCUAAACGAGGGCUCCUCCUGCCCAGUGGAAGUCAGACAUUUCAGUCUCUUCUGUUUCCUUUCAUAGAAUCACCAAGGUUGGAAAAGACCCACAGGAUCACCCAGUCCAACCAUCCACCCAUCACCAAUAGUUCUUAUUAAACCAUGAAAUGCUGGUCUCAAAUGGUUUCAAAUCCCUACCCAGAGGUUAUUCUGCACGCCUCACAUGUUUAGAUGGCCACACAGGUACUGUCUGGUCCUCCUACAAAAGAGAAGACCCAGAUGCGUGGCAGUUAUACCACGAUUAGAUUUCCCUGCCUACAUCCAGAAAAACACCAGGCAAUUCAGAUAUACCCAGCAGGUCAGGGAAGGAUUGCAACCCCACUUUCCCAGAGCGUUUUGGAAAUGUGUUGUGAAGAAUGUAAAAGCCCUCUUUAUUUUAUUCUCUAGCAGUGGAACAGCACUGUCCAUAAGGUGGAAAGAAAUCCGUUCCUCACAGAUGCCAGCUUCUGCAUGCAAAACCAGUUGUUUUGGUUAGUUCUAAGACAUAGGAAGCCACUCUGCCCUGAGGAUUGAGGAGCAAAGUGUGGCCAUUUACAGUAGUUCCUUUUCCAGGAUGUUCUCUGAGCGGUUUACUGGUGUGUUUUCAUGGAGAAGAGAAGGAUGGCUGAGUUAAAGAGGAAAUGUUCAAGAAGGGUGGAAGCUUCAGUGACCUAAACCAGGAGGAGAGGUCGUGGUUGGCACAGCAGGAGGUGUUCUAAUAAAAAAAAUCCAGGUAGGAAUAGCAAAAAGACGCCUGGAGCUCUACCAGCAGUAGCAAUUAUAUGUAUUGAAGCAGAUGCUAUCUUGUCAUUGGUCUGAGACUCUUGAUUGCAAGAUGCAUAGAGAGAUCAUUAUGGGAGAAGCUGUGACCCAGUGGUUAGAAGUGUGGACUGGGAUUGUUUUCACCACUAAUUUGGUGUGUGACUGGAGAUGAGUUGGAAGGGGCCUUCAAAGGUUUUCUAGCCCAAUUCCUCUGCAAUGAACAGGGACGUGUACAGCUUAAUCAGGUGCUCAGAGCCCCUUCCAGCCUGAGUCAAUUACUUCUGUGUCAUCUCUCCUCUCUUUCCCUUCCUAUCUAAGUGGUGAGGAGAUGGGAGCAGGCUGUGUCCAACAGCAGGGAGGUGCAAUGGAUUUGCACUUCACAACUGGAACACAAACAGCUGCAACAAAGCCACGAGUGGCAGCACUGACAGCCUAGCAGGGUUCAGUUUAGGUACAAACCUAACCUUCAUCACAGAGUGUAGGCAUAACUCUGUGAAGGUGUGACCCAGUCCAGGACUUCUGAGCAGCAGAGCCCUCUUGAGAGCAGCAUGGAAGGGGACAAUGGGCAACGUGGUGCUUGGAAGCAGGCAGGUAUGUCUGUGCAAGGAGCAAAGCACGGCUGGCAGAUAUGUUAUGCCACUCAUCCUGCCACUGCCCUGGAGAAGCAAAGUCCCUCUUUGUAUCUGGGGGCCAGUCAUCAAAAUGAGGUGAUCUGUGAUGCUGGAGAACAGGCUCUGUCUAAUGGGAUAAGUAUGUAAGAGUGGCCAUAAACUGGGCCCUCUUGGAUAAUUGAUUAUUUUCAUUUUAUUAAGCAAUGUAUUAAGUAGGGUUCAGUGCACUGAAAACUCAUUAAAAAGGGCAAUCAGGGACAAGCACAACAAGCACAUGCAAUUUGAUUUUUCCCGAGGGUUUCAGAACACCCUCAUGUACACACAAAACCCCUUUGAAGUCCCACGUCAGCACAUCCUGCAGCCUGGAAAAGCAGCUGAACUGCUCCACCUGUGUCUGUAGCUCUUGGAAUAAGCCUUUGCUGCCAGGACCCUGUUGGUCUCAACAGGUAUGGCAAGGAAGGAUCUGCCUACUGCCAGGAACUGGAUGGCAGUCUGUAGUCAAUGCUGUGGAGUUUGGGACCGCUGUAAUGGAACUCAAAAUGAAAAUGUUUAUUUUGCUGUGUGGGAUGGCUGGAUGGGCCACUUCCCUUGGCUCAGACAUUAGCACUUUGUAGCUGGAGAAUGGAUAACUUAAUGCAUUGCUGAAAGGUAAUUUUGCUGUUACCGUGAUGGAUACGGCACAGUAAACGGGUAGGAAAUAGUGCCUAUUUAUAGGCCUCUCAUCAAGAUAUAUGAUGUAUAGAACGAAGCAUCCAGUGACACUCUGAGCAGUCCUAUAAGAGCUGCUGACAGCUCAGGCUGUGCCUUUGGUGGUGAGGUUCAGACCUGCAGGAAAGAUGGAUGCAGCAAUCAGGACGGAGGCAAAGUCAGCCAGCAAAGCGGCCGUUCCCUUUUUCCCAUUCAGUUAGCAGUGACAAAUGGUUUAAUUUAAUUUGCAUUACUUCCUUACAUUAAACUACAGCCUGUCCCACUGCCUGGAGUUUAAUACGGGCUGUGGAUCCUGCAGAUCACAUUUAUUUUCAUGUGUUUUCUUUUUAAAGGUUCGUGUUGAAUUUUGCUUGGUUCCAGUCUGUUGGCUCCCUGAAAUGCAGCGUUUGCAAGAAACCCAACUGAAAGGAUUACAGUGCAAUUAAAAUUCCUCGUCCUUUUCCUUUUUUCCUUUCUGGCACUCCUGUAUGUAGGCUUGUUUCUGUCUGGAAGAUCUAAUUAAGCUUGUAGCACCGAAAGAUGAUAAAGAGCUAGUGGUGGCCUUUCCCAUUCAGCAUAGGUAGGGUGUGUGAGCUGCACGAUAUCUUAUUUAUUUCAAGUUCUGGUAUUGUUUGCACUUGAUGUGACCAUUUGAAAUGCCAUAAACAGAGAUAAGAAUGAUCGUUUAGCGGAGUCACAUUGAUACACAGUACUAAAAAUGUGGCUUGUCCUUUCCCAAAAUGGCAUUAACCAACCCAGGCCUCUCCAUGCAGAAGAAUGUGGACUUCCUGAGCAUGCAUUAACAUUUAAGUGGGCUCUGAAUCAAUCCUGCCAGCCAGUGCUCAGAAAUAAAACCUGAUGUUAUUUUUAACUGGGAAGAUGGCUGGUUGCUGGGAAGCCCACAGAAGCAGUGAGCACUAUUUUCACUGCAAUUUGGCUUUGUUUUCUCCUUGAGGUUUAUCUGCUGAUGCGCGGUGGGUGCCAUUAUUUGGGGGGUGUUUAUUUACACAUCUGUUUAUCCGAAGCUUUGGUCUGUGCUUUGGGGAGCACUCAGCAUUCAAAAUCCAGGCUGCUUUGAGUACCAUACGAACACAUGCACAGAAGCCGAUCAUGGGGAUUGUGUGGGUCUCAGGUAAGGGGGACAGGCUGGAUCCAAUGGCUGGAUCCAAUGGCUGUGUGCCCAGUGAAGGAUCUCCAUCGGGCUGCUACAGCUUUGCCUUUCUCUGUCUUUGUCCCUCAUUCUACUCCCAACUUUGCAGGUUCCCAACCACUGCACUUUCUAGAAACCACGCCUCUGAGCUUCCAUCCUGCUUUUGUAAAUGGGUGUGACGAGGCUUCUUUCCUCCUUUGCCCUUCUUGGACUGCAGAGAUGUGCUCUGUGAGCACCAGGGGCUGCCAGAGACUUCAGGCGUACCCAGCACCAGCAGUGCUCUGCUUUAGUUGUGUCACCACUGCUGCUAAUUGACAGCAGAGCGAGUGCCAGCUCCUCAGGAUGCAGGCUAAAUGUAUUUUGCAGUGUAUCCCUUCCAAGUCAGGAUGUUGUAUGAUUCUAUAUUACCACGAUAGUAUUGUUGGUAAGCUAAUAAUGUAUUCUGCUGCUGCUGUUGUUAUUUCUCACUGAUCUUGUCAUUCAUACAAGGCCACACAUACACAACACACAUCCUAGGGCAUUUUCUGUGUAUCGAUUCUUUUAUUUAGGUCCAGCUUUCUGCUUUGCUGUCUGAGAGCAGAAAUCUUCCAGUGUUGCAGAAAACAGGAGGAAAGCGAGGAGAAGGAAGGCUCUGACCGAGCUUGCAGAGGCCUGGGCUUGAUGAUUGGUAACCAAGGCAACGAGGGCUCUUUUGAAAUGAGUGCAUGCUACAGACCCCUGUUUUGUGCAGAGAUGCUCAGCAUUAAAAAUUAGAGAAGAGGAGGUAAGAUCUUGUGGGUAAGGAAAGCUGUCAGGCAGUCAGAAGGGCCUGCAGUCUAGCUGACUGAAUUAAAGCACAUCCCACGUUGGGAUGAAUGUUCAUUGAUGGCUUUUUCAUUGCUGCCCUGUGGAUGGUUGGAGGGGCUGUUACAGCUGAUGGAGAAAUGAAAAUGCAGAUGGCAAGGAAAGGUUUGAUGCAAAACAGAGUGGCCACAGCCUGGUCUUGUUUAUGCUGUAAGUCUGUGGCAGAACUCAGGCUGCAGCUGGGUGCAAACUUAGCCCAGAGCCUUCAAUGAAGAGAAAAAUUCCUGCAGGCUGCUUGAUUUGACAUAGGGUUAAAUGGGAGUGGAGACCAAAGUGACGCUUUCAGGCUACUUCUGUGCUCCGAUCGUCUGCUAAAGGCUUUGGGGGUAAGCAGCUAUUGUGGCUGCUUUAAUUUACAGCCAUGAUGUAAUGUUCUUUGGUUGGCACUCUUCCCUUGGUAUCCCUGCAACACACCCUGCAUCUCUCCUGGUCUUCACUCACGUUGUGAUUUUUAGUCUCAUAGAGACCGAUCUGCAGUGUAUGGAGGGGAUGGGUGUAAGGAUACUGUAUGGGUGCCUCUGAAUCUUGGCGCUGUGGUUCCUUGCAUUUACAGGGGCUGUUCUCUGUUCCAAUGGGUCCUUCUGAUCUGGUGUCCCCCAGGCACUUCUGAGUUGGUCUGCACAAUUAGGUCCGCUGAGAGGCAAGCUUAGUUUUGCUUAAGCACAAAUGGAAGCUUUGAUCCCUGGAGCUUUACGCAGCAGUAUUGUAUGUGUUUCAGAUGAGCCUCGGAUGGGUCUCACACGCUGCUUGAGCCUUAGCUGUGCUGUGUCCCACUGUAGGAGUUCAGUCAGUUGCUGCGUCCAGCUCUGCAGGUAACCUCACAACAAGAUUUAACUCUGAUACUCAGCAUCUGUGCUGCAGAACCCCUUGCAGUGCACUUGACCCACUGCUGGCCUGCGUGAUCGCGGCCAUCCACCUUCAGACUUGUAGCCUGGAAGGGGCCAAAUCAGUCUGAACAAAGGCAACAGUGGAAGGAGGGAUCCGUAGACAGAGAAGUUAUUACUGCACAGUGCUUUUGGCAGCAGAAAGCAGAAAGCAUUACUUUCUGGCUACUUUGGUACCUGGAGAGCAGUUGGGUGGAUAGGCAUCUUUUGUCUUCAGCGGGGCCUUAGUUCAGUGUUUAAGGUGUUGAAGCUGAAACCCAGUGAUGUACCCCAUAGAGAGGGGAGCGUAUGGGUGAACUGGAGCUGAUCUGUGUUUGGCAGCCCAGAAGGACGAAGAGAAACAGACCCUUGCCUUUCUUCAAGGGGUCUUUCUGCCCUCUGAAGAGCGCCCAUUCUGCAUUCUGUAGCCAUUGCUAUAGUAACUUUCUGCCUCCUGAUUUUGUUAUGAAUGGCAGUAGGAAAAGCCUCUGUGCAGGCUCCAGCUGAUACCCUGCUGUUUCCAACAUCCUCAAGGCUUGCUUUCCUUUUUAACCCGUGAACGGAUGGUGCCUUUUAGCUGGGGUUCCUUUGUGAAUCUGUUUUCUUUCUUUUGUCUCUGUGCAUUCAACACCACGCCAUAUGUCCACUGUACGCCAGGAGGGGUAAUUUGGAGUGAGCAGCUUUAUGCAGGCAAAGACCUGAGUCUAUAGGGGAGAAAGUGCUGGGUGUUUGGGGGGAGUGUUAGUGUGUAGUGGGGUUUUUUUUGCCUUUUUUUUUUGUGGGAAGAAUGAGAGCCAGUGGGGUUUAGCAGCUACCAGCGCUGGGCUCUGAAGGCUGACUUUGUGUUGCUUUAUCACGAUCCAGGCAUCCCCUCUCCAGACACAAUGCAGCUCUUUUCCUUCUGCCAGCACACUCUCCCUAUGGGAUUUGCUGCUGCCAUGGAAAACAGAAUCAAGCAUGAGCGAAUCUGUUUUUUAACCAGUUGUGAGCAGCGGGUCAAUAUUACCACUGCGGUUUAACAAACGUAUAGGUGGGUCCCACAGAAUGGAAGCACCUCGCUUAGGUCAACAGAACGAACGUAGGAACUGUGGAAGGAGCUCAGGAGCUGGGAUUUCUGGCAUAUUAACAAAUGCUCCCUGUUUGGAAAUGCUUGCAGUGGGGUGGCAUUAGCACUAUGGGGAUCCCUGGGGCAUUCCCAAACUGCAUGUGCCUUCCAAACACCAGCUCAGCUAAACAGGCCUGGGACUUGGCAUUGCACGGGCUGGAGAGGUGCAGCAGUUAGUGCAAAGCCCUUGUGAGUAUUCUUUAUCCAAACGUGUGUGUAUCCAACCCAUCUAUUUAUUUAGCCAUCCUUUAAAUGGAUUUGAACACUUCAUCAAGUUGCUGGAGAGAGAAUUUCUGUCCUUUUCCUUUUUUUUUUUUAAGGGUUAAAAUAUUCGUGCUGAUGCUUGGGGGGGAAAAAAAAACCCACAUUUCAUCAUUUUGAAAUCAGAAUGUCUUUCUGCACAAACAUUUCCCUGGAUUCAUUGAACAGGGCAGCUCUGCUCAGCCCUCACAUGGGAUGCUUCGUGUCAGAUGAUUGGCAGGUCAGUCUGCCAUGUUUUACUUUGAUUCACUGAAGUUUGUUUAACAAAUUGUUUCAUGCUGACCUCAGGUCGCCAAAGUGCAGGACUAGAAUGCAAGGGGGGAGGAAAGGUUGUUUUGUGCAGAAAGUAAUACGGGGCCUGACCUCUUAGUACUGCUUCUCUCUAACUCAGCAAUGUGCUGUAUUACAGGAAGGUCUUUGGAUGAUUUGAAACAAAUCUUUUCAAGUAUGCAGCCCAAAUCUGAGGGUGUACGUCCUGUGGUCUUUUUUUUUUUCUUAAGCACCAGUACCAAAUUUAUUUGGAUGUUUAAAUUUAAUGCUCCCCUCCUUCCUCACUGUUUAAAGGAGUACACGUCUCAUUGGUGAGCGGGACAUUCACCCUGCAUGCCUCAUCCUGCCCAGGGAAAAUGAUGUGUGCCACUGGCACGUGCCCCUUGCUGUGCAGGGAUAUCCUGGCAGGGAUGGCUGAGGGGUGUCUGUGUGCUGGUGACACAUGGCUGUUCCUUUCCAAAGCAGCAGCUGGCAGCUCUCUGACAAGCGUGCCACAGAUGGCAGCAAAAUGCAAGUGCCCUCCACCAGCCCCUUGCCAGAGCAAGCUUCUCGUUGGCUUUUCCCUCCCUUAACCCAAGGGAGCCCAUUGCUGCUGGCUGGGCUUUCCAGUUCUGAUGGUCACAGCUGCAUCCAGGGCAUUUCUCGGCCUGUAAUGCCUGCAAAACACUCUGAGCCCAUUCCACUCCUUGGGAGUGAGCAGAAUAAUGAGUGGGGAUGGUGGUUUUGUCAGGAGUGCCUUCUGCAAAGCCAAGGAGAGGGAAGGCAUCAUCCCUGCAGGAGUUAAUUCUGUGGGCAGUCUGAGAGGCAUACAGAUUCAUGAAAUAAAAGCUUGUAAUGCAGUUUAAUAAGAUUAGAUUUAUUUAAUAAGAGCAACAUGAGGACAUAGGCUCAUGUUAGCAGCAGCAGCAAAGCCCCCAGACCUAAUGGGUUCUACAGAGCAGCACAAAGAGAGAUCUGGUUUUUCCACUGCUGUUACUGGUUUUAGUCUUCCUUCAUACUGCUGCUGUUGUUCCUUAUUCCUGGGUUUUGCCUGUUUCUGGAGGCAGAGAAGGGCUGAAAACUGCAGAGGCAGCGUGAACAGAGCAGUGGUGUUGAUUAGGAAGAUCCCCAGACUGGGCUGACUACAGACAAAGGAGAACCUGGACCAGCAUCUUGCUAUUGCUCCACGUGACAGCCUUCCUCUGUGGUUUGAGGUGGGCCAUUUGAAUUUCUAUGCCUCAUUUCCCAUGUGUACAGUGAGGCUAAUAAUGCUGCCUUUGUCUGUCCUGUCUAUUUAAAAUGUAAUGAGAUUUUCAAAAAUGACAAAUGGUUUCCAGUGCCUCCUAUGAGUGCUUCGCUGAAGGCGUCUUCAGAAGUGACUGAGCACUCUCCUGCUGAGCUGUAAGGCCUGGUAAGGUUUUCAAGCUGUGUCAGCAAAAUGAAGAAUCUGAGCAGUACAGAGACAGACCGACACAGGUUUCUGUGUGUGGAGAGUAUUCUAAGCACAAUUCUGGCCCAAAUGUUGAUUACAUCGCUGCCUGUGGGUGCAGAAAACUGGUUUCAGAGCCUAAGGAAGUCUUUACUUUUCCAAACGCAUCAUUAUAUAUUGUGAUUUGCAGCAUCGUAGAUAAUAUUCCAAGAUAUUUUGUGGGGUUAAGUGUUUCCAUCCCAGUAAAUGGGGAGGCUUUUCCGUUUGCUGGGAAGGACUACGUGAAUUGCUGUGAAAUGGCAGGAAUGGGAGAGAGCAAUUCUAGAGCUGAUGGAAGAGCAAGGAUGAAACAGAAAGGGAAGGUGAAGCUUCCCUUUGCAUCUUUGGUACAGUAGCACCAUGUUAAACCAAAUAGCAUUUGUUUAUCCCAAGUAUGGGCUGUUGCCAGCGCCUAGUUUACUGCUGGCUUUUAUUUUCAGUGAUAUUGUGUCCCAUGUUAAAGCAAGCCAGAGAGCUGUAACGCUCAAAGUCAAAUGAGUGAAUCAUUCAUAGAGCAUGAAAUGCUUUAGGACCCUUAGUGUUACUGUUGUCAUCAUAAUUUAUUAACACAGUGCUUAGAAGGUGUGUGAAGCCAUGUGGAUCGUGGCUCUGGCAUGCUUUCAGUAAAAAGAUCUUAUCUGGAGGGAGAGAGAGCAGUCCCAGCGACAGGAUAAAGAGCAACGUUCACCCAUGCUUCUCCUUCCCACCUUGAUGGGAGCCCCCUGAGUUGGAAGGUCUCUAUUUUAAGCAGCGAUGCAGUGGUAGAGAUUGCCAUGGUCCAUUUUGGGUCCUUUUGAGAACACGUUGGCAAAACUGUAGAUGACUCCCCCCACUUCACAAAUCAAUGCUUAUUUCCUGUUCAGUCCCAGUUCCAUACAGAUUUUAAUGACAGUACGCCAGGAGCUGUCAUAUUCUUAGAGAGGUGUUCAGAGGAAAUGUUAAUAUUUAAUGAUGCCUUUUUGUGGUCAGACGGGUGAGUUCUCUUAAUGACAUUGUCUGAAAGAAAGAUGCUUCAGUACUCAGCUGUAAUCAAUCCACGCCAACCUAUUGUUAGGGCUUCAAAAUGUCAUAGGACAUUUAUGGACCAUAAUGAAAUCAGCAGUUUUGGUGGAACUUUUGUCUUAAACACUGAGCAGUUCAGAAUGGUUCCUACUGCUGUACUCAGGAUUAUCAUCUUGAGAAUAGCUGAAAAUAUCUGACUUCAGAGCAGUCCGGUGCCAUUCAUUGCAUUUAUUUUAUGAAGGCUGAAUUAAUAAAGAGGUUUUGAAGGCAGUAAGGCUCUCCACUCUCUCUGGAAGUCAAUGGGAGUUGUAUACUUAAUUUCCAUUUGUGCCUUUGGAAAAUCCCUUUCUAAUUGGCUAAAUAUUUGUACUGUUGGCUGUGGGCAUGGUGGCACAAUGUGGCUUUCAAACCAUCUGUUUUCAGGGACUAAAACCCACUGGCAACAACCCUUGAUUGGCAGAAACUCACCCAGGCUGAUUUACAUCAGUUGAGGUUGCUGAGGACAAAACCAUAAAGCAAAACAGAGGCGUAGGAUAGGCAGAAAUAAAGAAGGUCCAUGGAAAUAGAUGAGCUUUGUUUCAGCACUUGAAUGGACAUCACUCAUUUAUCAAAAGUUUUUCUUCUGUUCUUCAGUGUUUUUGAAAUGAUGUCUCAUCUUUGAGUGCUCAAUGCCAGGAAAAGCUGUCAACCACUCCAGCAAUUAUCGUAUCCCAAAGGGAACUUGGUUAAUGAUUCCUCUGCACACAACUUGGUCUUUCAGUUUUUGUGUUAUGCCAGAACAAUUCCAACCCAGUCAAGCAUUUAAAGAUUUGGGUUGAUUUGUGAUGUUCCAAGAAUAUUCUGGAAGUGCAGUUAAUCACUGCCACCUCUUGUGGUGAGCCUGCACCUUAGAAAAGGAAAAUUCCAGAAUCAGAUGCAGGGAUCAGCAGUAGGUAGGGCACCAAUCAGGGAGAGGAAGGAUGGGCUAUCCCAGCUUGUGGUCAGGCAGAGAAAUUCAAUGAAGCUGUGCUUUCAGCCCCAUGCUCCCAGGCACCACGAUUUUCCUCUACCUUCAGUAUAAGCAAUCAGCUAACUUCACUGUUGAGUUCCCCCUCUCUCACUGGACCCAGCUGAAAACGCCAUAUCAACUUGAUGUAGUUCUGAGAACAAAGCUAUAUUCUUAAGUUAUGACCCAAUUAGACUUAAUGGAAGGGCUGGCAUUGAAAUAAAGAUGUUGAGUUCUUCACUAGAAUUUGCUCCUGUGCUUCACUCCGUGUAAGCCCGUGGUUUGGCACAUACACCUGCUUCCUUUCUAUGGAUAGCUGCUGUUUUCCCUGGUAAGGCUUUGACUUUGUGGAUUUCUGCCUCUGCAAGAAUCUGCAUUUCCAUAGGCUCUUGCUUUGCAUGAUAAGUCUUGCACCCAGUGGAAAUACUAAUAAUGAUCUGCAGUAGGAAGACCCCCAGGUUUGGAAGUGGUUGCUGUCGUUUAAUAACAUCAAUUUAAUGGCAGAAUAUACUGCUGUAAUUUUGGUUUGCCUUCUUAGCAUCUGUAGUUUAUUUUUGGAGCAGCCCCCUCACCUAAGGGGAUGGUAGACAAAUAAGUCAGCAUCAAGUUACGCUGCAUCGUUUCCAUUUCAAAUCAAGUUUCAUUGUUCAGCUUUGCCUGGCACAUGCAAGUAACUACAGCAGUGAAAUUUAAUAAAGCAUCAUUCAUCAUGUGAUAGACAAGAAGUAGGCACAUCUCAGCCAGACGGAACUGGAGAUCAGGAAUCACUGGAGCCAUUGAUGCAGUGCUGGUUGGCAGAGGAGCCCUGUGCUCUCAGAUUUGUCUGGGCAGGCCACAGAUGUUAGAAUACAGUAGCACAGUGGGAACAUUAGUAUGUAAGGGAAGAGAGUAAGUUUUCCACUUGCUUGACAAAGAGUCUGCCUACUGCAUGUCUUUGUGCUCACGUUUUCCCCUCUGUAUCAAUUUUUUUUUUCCCCUUUGGCAAAGGGAUCUUUGUGAAGUCUUUGUGCUCUUCACAUGUUCCUUUUUCUUGUCUUUGUAAACUCAGCUGUAAACUUCAGGCAGGAGUUGUCUUCUCUCAUGUGCUACUGCAGUGCUUAAGGUAGUGAGUACUUUUGUCACUUAAAACUUCUGUACACUAACAUAGAAGAAUCUUAAUUUGAGCUGAUUCUGCCACUACUUUCCUCUGCAGUUUGGGGUAAGUCUUCAAUUCAUCACUUUAUUUACUAACAGUGCUGAGAUAAUAUGACUAGAGAUCACUUGUCCAGAGUGUUUUGAUAUUGAGAAAAGUCAGUAUGAUGAUAACAUUCAAUUUCCAUCUCUGUUAUAACAGAUGUGGAUAAUAUUAACUGAAGAUUUUUUUUUUUUCACGUAUCACUCAAUAGUUUAUCUGCAAAUAAUUGUUGAAGUUAUUUCUUCUCUGCAUACCUACACUGCUCUGUUAUUGUCACUACCAGCUAAUAUUCGCUGCAUGCUUGGAAAACAAAAUCUAUUGCAUGGAGGCUGAAGGUUGCCAGUGUAACUCAGAUUGGCCUGAUUCUUUUCUGAGGCUUAUAUUUAUGGGCUGGUCUGUGGUCGUCUAUUGUUGUUGAUGGGGGUGAGUCUGCUGUUACCUAUGGAGUUCUUAUUGAUGCCAGGUUUAUGAAAUUCAGAUGAGGACCAGUGUCAAUUUCAGAGUCAUUUCUGUGGUUCCAAGUGAAAAUAGGCACCCUAUGGGAUUACUAAACACACAGAUUAUCAGAUCCUGGUGAUGUUUCAGGAAAGUUUGGUUAUCUCUGUGCUUAGAGCUUAAGCUUUAGUCACAAUAGCAUUCCUUUUGUAGGAGAAGUAGUAGGUGUAAAACUAUGGGGGCAUGUAGAUGUAUCAAAAAGUUUUAGCUCAAGUAUAACAAUAGCAACAAAAACAAAAAAGAAGAGUUGAAUUAGCUACUAUUAAACAUUUCUCAAGAUUUGUUACCUGCGUUUCAGGUCGGGAGUAGAAGGGUUACCCCAUGGUUUUUCAGUAUCCAGAAAUGGACCAUGAGGAUACAGAGUGUUUGCAUGUCAUGCUUCUGUGAAAUAGCCAGUAAGAAGGAUGUAGUCAAAGAAGAUGCCUUUUAGUAAUCUGUUUUGGGGGUGACCUUCAUCAGGUCUGAGCUGUUUGGAAGUUGCAGACUCAUCUGCAGGAUUUGAUUCUUGUCUCAGUCAUUUCCCAGCCUCCAGACUGGCUUUUUUGGCAGGUUGUUCUCUUGCCAUCCUUUCACAAGAGGCCAUCUGAGCGUCUUCCAAGGAUGUGCCAAGUGAUGAAUGAGCUCGAUUUAAGGCUCUCCCUGAAAGCCACUGCAUACGUUUCAGCAAACUGCAGAACGUGUCAACACAGUCACUUCAACGCUUUCAGCUAGCUGGGGCCCAUCAGCGCUCUGCUGCUUCUGUGGAUUGCCUGAUCAGCAAUGCUAUGACCAUUAAUAUUUAUAAACCUUAAAUAAUACAGGACUUCAGGGUACCUGAGAGACCAUAUGUUGGCCUCCAAUUCCCAGCAAAGCACCUGCGAUCCUUGUGACCACAAGGCUGGCUGAUCUUCUGUCCAGGUCCCAGAAGGGGAAGGAUUGGAGCUUUUCCCCCAAGGGCGUCUAUCGUAGGCCUCCCCCUCCUUCAUUAGUUACCAGAGCACAUCGCCAUCAUCCUUCAAGGCCAAGCUGCAGGCUUCUUUCUUUCCUUUUAGUCUGGAGUUUUAAUGCAUUGUGUUGUGCAUUUAUUAUGGAGCUUCACUUGGUUGUGACCUUGGGUGAUUCUUUUUCUUCCUUUUUCCCCCCCACCUAUUGGUAAAAAUGCAUUGAGAUGGGUAUUGCUCACAGGGAGAUCUCUGGGAUUUUUUAAGAAAUUAUUAAUUUAUUGCUUUUGAUGUUGUUUUGGUCUGAGUCUUGCUAAGGUGCUUGCUAACCAUUUGGACACAGAUGCCUCUAAAUUACCAUUUAAUGUGCAUGUGCAAAGAUGCAUAUCAAUGAAUAAUGCAUAGUAAUACAUAGCUUGGCGAUUGGGCUUGGUUCAGAGCAAUAUUGCACAUGGAUUAGCCGUAAGGGCCUGAAUCAGUGGUGUUAAUAACGUGUAUCAGGUGGAGACCACCAAGUGGACACCAUUGUGUGCUCCACCGCUUACCUUUGCAAUAAAAACGCCUCCCAAGUAACCCAUCUCACCCGGCCUCGCAGAAAAUGCCCCAUAGAAACGACAUGGACAACUCUCCCUCUGCGUCGGCACCCUCUGGGGCCGUGUGUUUAGCGACAGACCCGAAGGAACGAGCCGGCGAUGAUCCCGCUGGCUGCAGCAGCAGGAGGCGGCCUGGCCCCGCGGCGCGGGUGGUGCUGAAGGGACAGCUCCCGCCGGCCCCGCUGGGCGGGGGGCUGCUGCUGCUCUGCCCCCCCCCCUCUCUGCACGGCUGCGGGCGGCCUCCCCCCCUCCCUGGGGAGGGACUAGGGGGCUUCUGGCGUUGCCCGGGCUUAAUUGACUUGCUAGGUCACUAAUUUUGCUUUCGUGAGGUAAGUACUGGUUAACGGCUCAUUUUCUCCUCUCCCUCGGUUCCCACACCCCUCUCCCAUCUGUCUCUCUCUUUCAUUCUCUCUCCAGUGCCAUCCAUCAGCCCCUUUCCCCCCCCCCGAAAAGGGACUACCCGAGGCCCGGCACCAGCGAUGCCCCAAACCCCAGAAAGAUGAGUCAGCGCUCAGCCUCCCGCCGGCCCCAGGAGCCCAGCCGCGAUCUCCGCCGCUCCCCGCCCUCCGGCUGCGCUGCCUUGAGAAAAGUGAGGAACAAUAGGAUUCCCGGAGCACUCCCCGACUCCACCAUUGCGGGGCUGGGGGAGCAGGGAGAUCACACAAGCCAUGGCUGAGAAGAAGCAGUCUGGCCGGCAAGGCGAGGAGGAAGAAGUGCCAGCCUUCUUCAAAAACCUGGGCUCGGGCAGUCCGAAGCCCCGGCAGAAAUUCUGUGGCAUGUUCUGCCCAGUGGAAGGCUCCCUGGAGAACAAGACCAUCGACUUCGACUCCCUCUCGGUGGGCCGCGGAUCUAACAAAGUGGUGGCAAAGCAGAAGGAUGUUGCCCACUUGGGUCCGGAUGCUCAGUCCGUCUAUUCCAGGCAGAGCGGGAAGGGAGGGGAACCAUCUGUUGAUUUUGGAAGAAAGGUGGAGAUCAGGAGUGCCACUGGGAAGGAGGCACUGCAGAACCUGAAUGACAAGAGCGAUCGUCUUCUGAUCAAAGGUGGGAAGAUCGUCAAUGACGACCAGUCUUUCUAUGCAGACAUCUACAUGGAAGAUGGGCUCAUCAAGCAAAUAGGGGAGAAUCUCAUCGUGCCCGGAGGAGUGAAAACCAUCGAAGCCCACGGCAGGAUGGUGAUUCCUGGAGGGAUCGAUGUUCACACCCGCUUCCAGAUGCCAGAGCAGGGGAUGACUUCUGCUGAUGACUUCUUCCAAGGGACCAAGGCUGCGCUGGCUGGGGGCACCACCAUGAUCAUUGAUCAUGUGGUUCCUGAGCCCGGGACCAGUUUGCUGACUGCAUUUGACCAGUGGAGAGAAUGGGCAGACAGCAAAUCGUGCUGUGAUUACUCCCUGCACGUGGACAUCACCGAGUGGCACAAAGGCGUCCAGGAGGAGAUGGAAGCUCUGGUUAAAGAUCACGGUGUGAAUUCAUUCCUGGUUUAUAUGGCUUUCAAAGACCGCUUCCAGCUGUCUGACUCGCAGAUCUAUGAGGUCCUGAGUGUUAUCCGGGAUAUUGGUGCCACAGCUCAAGUGCAUGCUGAGAAUGGUGACAUCAUUGCCGAGGAGCAGCAAAGGAUCCUGGAGCUGGGAAUCACAGGCCCUGAAGGGCACGUGUUGAGCAGACCUGAAGAGGUGGAGGCAGAAGCUGUGAACCGGGCAAUCACCAUCGCCAACCAAACCAACUGCCCUCUCUAUAUCACCAAGGUGAUGAGCAAAAGCGCUGCUGAAGUCAUUGCUCAAGCCAGGAAAAAGGGCACUGUGGUGUAUGGGGAGCCCAUCACAGCCAGCUUGGGUACUGAUGGAUCUCAUUACUGGAGCAAGAAUUGGGCGAAGGCGGCCGCUUUUGUCACUUCCCCACCACUGAGUCCUGACCCAACCACUCCUGAUUUCCUCAACUCACUGCUGUCCUGCGGGGACCUCCAAGUUACUGGCAGUGCCCACUGCACCUUCAACACUGCUCAGAAAGCUGUUGGGAAGGACAACUUCACCCUAAUCCCCGAGGGGACCAACGGGACUGAGGAGAGGAUGUCCAUCAUCUGGGACAAGGCUGUGGUGACUGGCAAGAUGGAUGAGAACCAGUUUGUGGCUGUGACCAGCACAAAUGCAGCUAAAAUCUUUAACCUGUACCCACGGAAGGGCCGUAUUGCAGUGGGCUCUGAUGCUGAUUUGGUUAUCUGGGAUCCUGACAGCGUCAAGACAAUCUCUGCCAAGACCCACAACAUAUCUCUGGAGUACAACAUCUUUGAAGGCAUGGAGUGUCGUGGGUCUCCCCUGGUGGUUAUCAGCCAAGGGAAGAUCGUGCUGGAGGAUGGGAAUCUCCACGUAACGGAGGGGUCUGGGAGGUAUAUCCCCAGGAAACCAUUCCCUGACUUCGUUUACAAGCGCAUCAAAGCAAGGAGCAGGCUGGCCGAGCUGCGGGGUGUGCCUCGAGGUCUCUAUGAUGGGCCGGUCUGCGAAGUGUCGGUGACGCCGAAGACGGUCACUCCUGCAUCUUCAGCUAAAACAUCUCCUGCCAAACAGCAAGCCCCACCUGUGAGGAACCUGCACCAGUCUGGCUUUAGCUUGUCUGGCGCACAGAUCGACGACAACAUCCCACGCCGCACCACCCAGCGCAUCGUGGCACCGCCGGGCGGACGUGCCAACAUCACCAGCUUGGGUUAAGGACCGACCCCUUCCGCCCGCCCAGCGGACCAGGGGAGGGGAUGGGAGCACCUGGAGACCCUUUUUGAUUCUUUUAGAGCCUGUGACAGUUACUGCGGGCAAUGGGGGGGGGGGCUGAAGUAAUGCGCCUCUUUCGGUCCCCUCAGAUUCCCUCCUCAUCUUCACCAACCCCUCUCACUUCCCCGUCAGCCCCUACACGUUUAAAGGAAAAACAACCAACCCCGUUCUGACACCUCUGACACGCAAAAGUAAAUGUGAAGAGGGUGUUUGAGAUGUGUGGCCUAUGUCCCGUUCAGCAUCUUUCUUUUAAUAAAGGAAGGAUAAAGUGAAUUUCCCAGGAGCUGCCUUUAAAGACACAGACAAAAAAAAAAAAAGAUAAAAGAAUAAAUAAAUUUUAAAUGUAAAAAAAAAAAAAAAUAGCUUUUUUUUUUUUUUUUUUUGUUCCAAUGUCAAGCAGAAGAGUAGUUCAAGGGUUAUAAACUGGAUGUUCUUUAGGGUUCUGUGUUCCAGCAGCAUAGCUAGGUGAGCACGGAGGGCCACAAAUCCCAGCCUGGCACCAUUCCCCACCACCACCUCUGAGGCCACAGAAUAGCUGUCUGCUGCCAAGAGAGAGAACCAGGACCCAGCACUAGGAGCUGACAGAGCACAUGGCACCCCGCCAUCGGGUGAGCUGGAACUGUUGGAGACUUUCUGUUUGGGUUCCCCCCCCCCCCCCCCCCUUUUUUUUUUUCCCCCCCUUCUUGAUUCUGCUGCAAAUCAGGUCCUCGAGGAGUUUUUCCUUUUUUUUCCUUUUAAAAUGUUUGUGUGUGUGUUUUUAAUACGUUCGUCUCAUCGUGUUUACAAAGCCUUAUCUCAGAACUGGGCAUCUCCCAGUUCUCCCUGCUCCUUCCUGAGCCUCAUUUGAGUUACCAACCCCCACCAGUGUCACUGCCCCUUUGGUACUUCAGGUGCUCCUAGGAUGCAUCAUUCCAGCCAAUUCUUCUCACUUAGCUGCAAUAGGAGGUUGCAAUGCAGGUUCAUAAGCUAUGAUCUUCACUUCAGCAUAGUAGGUCUUGAGCUGGUGCAAACACCAGCUGCAGAGCUGAGCAGAGCCUCUGGAGGAGCUCUUAGCACUUGGUUUAUUUCCUACAGGUAAGCAGGGGGCCAUAGGCAACAGGCAGUACUUUGCCUGAAAGGUUUCUGUAGCAGCCACAUCCCCUUUCCUGGCCAUAAGUGAAUGGUUAUUUAAAACUCUGAGAGCUUAUCUUUAGCUCUCGUUGGAAGGCUGCUCUGUUGGAUACAUGCCUGAGCAUCCGUGGCAAUUCCAGUUAGCGUCCAGAUGCCCAGCUGUUGUAACUGGGAGCCUCCAAGCAGCUCGAUGGGUCAACAGCAGCUGAGAAUCUCUCAUCCAUGUGUGAAUUUCACAGUCUAUCAUUCCUCCAGGGAUCUGCCUUUGUGCAGAUACUCUUGAGAAGGCCCUGCCCCUGCUUGGGUAUGUGCCUCAGGUUUGAGAAACCAGAGGGUAGAAGUGGUCCUCCAAUGAAUUCAGGUUCAUUUAAACCCAGGACUUAGAGGUCUUUUGGCCCUAGUAUUGGAGGCUCGUGCUUUCAGGUUUUCAGGACAUGGAACAUAAAUGUGCACUGUUAGAGUCCCACUUACGCUUCGCGGGAGGGCUUGGUGGUCCCAAGGGCUUGGACUGUCUCUGAGCACAGAGAGCUUUUCUACCCACAGUUAACACAGCAUUACCUCCACUGUCUGUACCCCUGGCACUUGGCUGUAUCUUCUGCUUUCUCCUCUUGUCCUUCACCAUGUGCAUCGACCCCAUUUUCCCUAUUUGUGAGCAUUUUUAAAUGGUGUUUACAGGUUCUUGUAAUGAAAACCUAUAUAUAUGAAGGCUUUUAAGAAGCAACUACCAAAUUUGUUCUGAUGCAGUAGCAACGCUGGGAUUGUCAAAGGAUCUGGGAGCAGUGUAGGUACCCAACCCCUCCCAGCACAAUUCCCAUAGGCCCCUUUGAACAUCGAAGCUAAGACAUUGCCAUACUCAUCCAUGCCUUUUAUAUCUAGGUUUAACCCUUGGGUGGUUCGUUUUGCAUAAGAGUUUGCACUUUGUUUGUGAAGUAAUCUGUGAGCGUAAUAUAUAUUGCAGCUAUCCUCAGUUAUUUUCUCACCUCUGUGUUAAAACCAAUCUGAACGAGUUGAGGAGAGAAGGAAAGAAAUUGGGAUCCGUGUUGAUACUACAAACCACACGCGGCUCUUCAGUAUUCACUUAAGUCUUCCUUUUGUUUUCCUUCAUUGACUCACGUUGACGUUUUGGAUUUCGAUUUGUUCUCCGAAAGGGUAAAAGAAAAAAAAAUAGGAAAAAAAAAACCACACAAAAAAAAGAGGUUUUUUGCAGGCUGUGUAAGCAUGUUUAUACCUGUGAGAGCUCGUCCGCUUUGUGUCUGUUUACUGAAUGUCAUUUGUAAAUGCUUAAAGAAACAAAACAAAAACACUUAACUAAUUAAUUAACCGCAGUGACUUGAAGCUCUAAAAAUAAAAUAAUAAUAAUAAUUAAAAAAAAAAAAAAAAGUAGGAUUUAAUACUAGCUGGAUUUAACCCUUGGAUUUGUGAUUGUGAACCAUGAGUGGAGGAGCUGUAAGUGCUAAAGCUGAUCAUGUGUGUAGACAAAAAGUACUGAUAUUUGACCAUUGUCUCAAUGGCAAAACAAAAAAAAAAAAAGAAAAAAACAACAAAAAAACACCCAACCCCAAGUCUUGUGUUUUAUUCCUGAAGAAUUCUGUGUUAUAUUACCAUGGGAACUCCUAAUAAAGGCAAAAUGUUGUUGUUUCA